AUCCGACAUCCAUUAGGCACUCCUUGCUUUGGUAUCAAAAUGUAAAGUUAUACAUCCACUUCCACUUUAAGGAAGAAGGACUUCAGACAGUUUGUGAUAGCCGGUGCUUCCCUCCAAAAUCAUCCCAUCCAGAGGAUUAUUGAAGUCAGGCUAUAAAUCCAUAUAUGCUGGUCUGCUGUCCCGGUAGAUGGUAUUUGCUACUUGUCAUUCGGCUAUUUUUUUGGGGAAACACCGUGAUUAGGUAAGUCUUUAACUACCUGGCAUCAUUAUCCAAACAAGCCUGGGGACAUACAACAAACCUUCAAAAUACAUUCUCUUGUCUUUCAAAGAGAGAUCGUUUAAUUCUCCUCCGUUCUGAUUUGCCCCUCAUUAGGAAUCGCCUAGCACCUCAGCGUUUGUCACCUUGUCCCAGACCGCUCACAUUCAUCCCACAUUCCGACCGGUCGAAUCUAGAAUACACAAUACCUAGCUUUAAGGCUUGCGCACGAUGGAUAUCGAAGCUUUGAAGGAGCAAUGGAGUGAAGUGGAGGAUCGUGAUGGAGUCCGGCUUAGUUGGAAUGUUUUUCCAAGCUCUCGCAUGGUUCGUCAGGCAGAUUUCAGUUCGCGGGGUACACGAACUUACACAAUAUAGGAAGCCUCGAGGCUCGUUGUCCCUAUCGGCGCACUUUAUACGCCUCUUAAAGAGAAACCAGAUACACCACUUUUACAAUUCGAACCAGUCAUCUGCAAACAGCCAUGUAGAUCAGUCUUGAACCCUUUCUGGUAAGUCUUGCCCUGGAGGUACAUUUUCGGACCGAGCUCAAUGUCAAUAGUCAAGUAGAUGUCAGGGCACGUCUUUGGAUCUGUCCAUUCUGCCUGUCUCGAAACCCUCUUCCACCUCAUUACAAAGAUAUAAAUCCCGCAGCAAUUCCCCCCGAACUUCACCCUGCGAAUACCACGAUCGAGUACAGACUUUCGCGACCAGCUCCAAGUCCUCCCAUUUUCCUAUAUGUCGUGGAUACGUGUCAAGAGGAGGACAGUCUAUCUGCGCUCAAGGAAUCUCUUGUGAUGAGCUUGAGUCUCCUGCCAGAAAAUGCACUGGUCGGCUUGGUUACAUUCGGAACCAUGGUAUUGAUGUCCUCAAAUCUCGAGUUUCGUCUUUUAUACUAACCUUUCCUUUGCAGGCGCAAGUACAUGAAAUUGGUUAUACGGAAUGUCCAAAAUCAUAUGUGUUUAGAGGCAGCAAGGACUACACAGCCAAGCAAAUCCAGGAGAUGCUUGGACUUUCGGCGGCUGGAUUGAGACCUGGAAUGCAACAACCGCAACCUGGUAAACCAAUGCCGCCAAUGGGGCCCGCUGCUCGAUUCUUGCUACCCGUCCAGCAAUGCGAAUUCCAGCUUACGAAGGCCCUCGAGCAAUUACAAAAGGAUCCAUGGCCGGUCGCGAAUGACAGAAGAAAUCUAAGAUGUACUGGUGUAGCAUUGAGUGUGGCGGUUGGGCUACUAGAGUCUUCAUUCCAGAAUGCUGGUGGCCGUAUUAUGCUCUUCGCGGGUGGUCCUGCUACUGAAGGCCCUGGUUUGGUGGUCGGUCCGGAAUUGAGGGAGCCCAUCAGAUCUCAUCAUGAUAUCGACAGAGACAACAUCAAAUAUUAUAAGAAGGCUCUUAAGGUAUGUCAACUGAUUAUUUUCAACGUUCAAUUCUAACCAGUUAGUUCUACGACAAUCUAGCCAAGAGAACAGCACAUAACGGACACAUCAUAGACAUAUUUGCUGGGUGUCUAGAUCAAGUAGGUCUUCUUGAGAUGAAGGGUCUUUCAAACUCGACUGGUGGUCAUAUGAUCUUGACGGAUAGUUUCACAUCUUCUAUGUUCAAGCAGUCAUUCGUCCGUGUCUUUGAGAAAGACGGCGACGAUAAUCUACUAAUGGGUUUCAAUGCUUCUUUGGAAGUUUUGACUACGAAAGAGUUGAAGGUCACUGGUUUGAUCGGUCAUGCGGUGUCAAUGAACAAGAAAUCUACCUCGGUAGGAGAAACAGAGUGCGGCAUUGGCAAUACUUGUUCAUGGAAGAUGUGUGGUAUCGACCCAAACUCUAGCUACGGAAUUUACUUUGAAAUUGCUGGUCAAGCUGGCCCUGCCCAACACCAAGCCCAAGCAAAGGGUAUGAUGCAAUUUCUUACAUACUAUCAGCAUUCCUCGGGCCAAUUCCACCUCCGUGUAACGACAAUCUCCCGUAACCUGAGUGGACCAGCUGGAGACCCAGCCAUUGCACAAUCAUUCGAUCAAGAAGCCGCCGCAGUUUUGAUGUCCAGAAUAGCUGUAUUCAAAGCCGAAGUUGAUGAUGGACCGGACGUUCUACGAUGGGUGGAUAGAAUGCUCAUCCGCCUGUGUUCGAGAUUCGCCGAUUAUCGAAAGGAUGAUCCGUCAUCUUUCCGACUUGAGAAGAACUUCACACUUUACCCACAAUUCAUGUUCCAUCUCAGGAGAAGUCAAUUCUUGCAAGUUUUCAAUAACUCGCCUGAUGAGACUGCAUUUUAUAGACAUGUACUCAAUCAUGAGGAUGUCAGCAACUCCUUGAUUAUGAUACAACCUACUCUAGACUCAUACACAUUCGACCAAGAUGGUAGCCAACCGGUACUACUUGAUUCUACUUCCAUUCAACCAACUCACAUUCUUCUUUUGGAUACAUUCUUCCACAUCCUGAUAUUCCACGGAGAGACCGUUGCGGAAUGGAGGAAAGCAGGCUAUCAAGAUCAAGAAGGUUAUGAGAAUUUUGCCGCUCUUCUAGAACAACCAAAAGAGGAUGCUAGGGUAUGUAUUCCUUGUCACAUGUAAUUGAAAUCAGAAUACUAACCGGUUUAGGAUUUGAUUACUGACCGAUUCCCUCUGCCACGUUUCAUCGUUUGCGAUGCUGGUGGCUCUCAAGCACGUUUCUUGUUGUCAAAACUUAACCCAUCCACUACACAUACGACAGGUGCAUAUGGUGGAGUGGGUGCUCAAACAGCACAAACAAUCUUUACUGACGACGUCUCUUUGCAAACUUUCAUGGAUCAUCUAAUGAAGUAAGUUAUUUCACCUUAACACCCUAAUCUUUAACCUCAGGAGCACAAAACUGACUCCCUUUCUCUCGCAGGUUGGCUGUAAGCGGAACGAAUUGAUGAUGAGUAAGUAAUUCUAUCAAAAAGAAAUGGAGGGAUGGGUAUUUGGAGCGUUGGUGGCGCAGUUUUGCGAUGAGAUUUCAAAAAUUUCAUUCACUUGAUUGCCAUGUUGAUUAGGUAUACAAUAAUAGCUAUUAGAUCAUCAGAAACAGUCGUUCAACUAU